CCAACCUAUUCCCCCCGUCUUAUCCACAAUCUCUUCUGAUCGGAACAUUUCUUUUUUCCUCACUAAUAAUAUCUUUGGCGACUUUAUCUUUAUAUUAUUUUCGUAACAUAACUUCAUAGACAUAUUCCCGAGGCUUCUGACGUUUCUAAGCCCCGCUAUCAAUUUUGUAAGGUUUCUACUGUGUUGGAAGCCUCUAGGGAUCAGCUCGGCCAGACUUCAAAUCGAUCCUCAUUCUCAUCAGGUUCUUCAUCAGAUCCUUCAUCCGAUUCUACUCCGAUGUCGAAGUUUGAAUAUAUGUUACCACAAAGAAAUUAUUUAUCAAGAAGUACGGCUGCAGGGAAAUUUCAGCCUCUGCAAGAUGCGCCAGACCACAAAGUUACUUCAGAUGUAGAGCAUGCUCGUAAAAAAAACAGUCUACCCCGCUUCGGUUAUCCAACCCUUUCAGCGUCCAGCCAGCAUCUACAGCCUUCUUCGAAUUCGGCCUGUUCAAUCUCAAAUUACUCUUGUCAAUCCAAUGAUAGUACUGAGCAAUUGAUGCUAGUUCGAACACCCUCACUCGAGGAUGGAUUUCAAUUGAUAGAAGCUCGCGAUGCAACCAACAUCGAACCUGAGAGCCCUACUUGGGAAUGGAAGAUUCAAACUCCAGCAUCCGUCAAACGAUCACUUUCGAGAUCUAAGAACUUAUUCAGGUCGACUAACUCUGUCAGAGCUUCUGUGGAAGCUGUUUCCCGUCUUGUCCAGCUGGACGAUGAGGUGGAAGAGCUCUCAGAAGCUAAUCAACCUGAACCACCAAAGAUGAAAAGUUCAAAGAGCUCGUCUUCCUUGCGAAAAUACUUCUUCGAAUCGUCGGGAGAUUCCAACACAAAAACCAAGGGAUUAAAAAAGAAGCUUUCCUUUAUGUCGCACUUUUCACUGAAGAGCAGUGACUCGAUCCAAUGGCAAAUCCAACCCUACAUCGUAGAUAAUCAGACAGAAGAACUUUCCCUUGAACAAUUUUUGACUAACGAAACAGGAUCGACAACAUCACCGGUAGACAAAGAACCGUACGCCAAGAAAACAUUCCCUGACUAUAGCAGCUCCAAUCAGAAAGAAGCUCUCCACGAUCCAUCUCCGUUACCUCCUCCUCUGAAGACAAAAUCUAGAUCUGGUUUAUUCUUUUGGCGUCGAAACAAAGAAACCGAGUUUAAUCUAUUGAAUUCGACACCUAGCAAGAUUAAUCUCACAUCGGUGCAAAUCUCUUCUCCUAGCGCAUUUCGUCAUAUCAAUCAGAACGAGGACAGCCAGUAUUUUGAGCCUUCCAUUCGCGGUAGUUGUGAAACGAGUUAUCAUGAAUGGACACUCGCCGAAACGAAUCCUGCUAAUUCUAUCUUGGCAUCCUCUGUGUCGAGUUACUCCUCGACAACUCAUACCAUAGGGACAAACUCCUCGAACUCUAAAUUAUUACCAUCAAAGCCUUCUCCUCCACCUCGCCCACCAAGGCUACGUCCUGUCAUGUCUAUUCCCUUCGCCAGUUAAUUUUCGAAAAAUAAGGCUUCCGGGGUGGCUGCUGGUUCAUAGAUCUCGAUGUCGAUUAUAUAUGUUAUGUUCUACGUGAAUAUACAGACUGGGCCAUUGGCUUAAGAAUUCAAAUUAUUCCAAGCUGAACUUUACUUUAAUCAAGUCCUUCUUUUCCAUUCGUGUUCUUCUUCCUUUCCGCUUCACAAGCGUAUAGAAAUCCCUUGAAUGUUUUACUCUACCAACCCGUAUAUUUCUGAGGAAUAUAUUAGUUUUUUUUCCCUUCCUAUUGAAUAGUGACUUGAUCAAUUUCUUUGCGUUUCUUCACUCACCAACUUAUGUUGUAUUUGUACAUCAUACCUGGUAUAAAGUCUGUGCCUGCUGUCUUGACUGCAUGUCUACUUCCAAUCUCACUCUUUGUAAUCUUUCAUUUAUUUAAAUUACAGACAAUCAAAACUUCGUUCGUUAUUUCCUGAAUUUAGU